CGGGCGGGGCGGCGCAUGCGCGGCGGGGCCCGGAAGGGGCGGCCGGGCUGGCGCCGGUGCGAGCGCCGCGCUGGGGCUGCGGCAGCGCCGGGGCAGCGGCGGGAUGAGCCCUGCGGAGUGAGCGCAGCCCCGCCUGACGCCCCGCGCCGCUCUCGGCGCCUCCGCCCCGCCCGCCUCCGCUCUGGCUUCGGGCCCCUUCUCUCUGCGCUGCGGCGGGCGGAGGCGGCGGAAGGAGAAGCCCAUGGAGGGGAACCGGGACGAGGCCGAGAAGUGCAUCGGGAUCGCGCGGGAGGCGCUGGAGGCCGGGAACCGCGACCGCGCCCUCCGCUUCCUGAACAAGGCGCAGAAGCUCUACCCGACCGAGACGGCCCGAGUAUAAAGAAAUGUAAAAAUUAUUAUGAAGUCCUUGGAGUGUCAAAGGAUGCAGGUGAAGAAGACCUAAAGAAGGCUUAUAGAAAACUUGCUUUGAAAUUCCACCCAGACAAAAACCAUGCACCUGGAGCAACAGAGGCUUUUAAAAAAAUCGGAAAUGCGUAUGCUGUGCUGAGUAAUCCAGAAAAACGAAAGCAGUAUGACCUUACAGGCAGUGAAGAGCAAACUUGCAAUCACCCUAGCAAUGGCAGAUUCAACUUCCAUAGAGGUUGUGAGGCAGAUAUUACUCCAGAGGAUCUGUUCAACAUGUUUUUUGGAGGGGCCUUUCCAACAGGUAGUGUACACUCGUUUUCUAAUGGUCGUGCUGGCUACAGCCAUCCAAACCAGCACCGUCAGAGUGGGCACGAGAGGGAGGAAGAGAGGGGUGAUGGAGGUUUUUCUAUGGUCAUUCAGCUGAUGCCUAUUAUUGUGUUGAUCUUUGUCUCCUUGUUGAGCCAGUUGAUGGUAUCUAACCCUCCUUACGCCUUAUACCCAAGAUCAAGUACAGGACAGACCAUAAAAAUGCAGACAGAAAAUUUGGGUGUCAUUUAUUAUGUCAAUAAGGACUUUAGAAAUGAAUACAAAGGAGUGUCAUUACAGAAGGUGGAAAAGAGCGUGGAAGAAGAUUAUGUAUCCAACAUUCGUAAUAAUUGUUGGAAGGAGAGGCAACAAAAAACAGACUUACUUUAUGCAGCAAAAGUAUAUCGAGACGACCGCCUCCGAAAGAAAGCAGAGUCCAUGUCCAUGGAGAACUGCAAAGAACUAGAACGGCUGACCAGCCUCUACCGAGGAGGAUGAGCUACAGUUACACACACAUCUUACCUAUGCUGUUAUCUCUCCUGAAACUGAGAAGAGAUUUAGUUUCACCAUGGAUGCUGGAAAAGAGGGUGGAUGUAAAACUCUACUGUGUAGCUGUUUCCAGAAACCUUAUGCUGAAAUAUCAUUUAACGGCUUCUUUACCUACUGUGAAAUAUAGGUAACUUUAAUUGUUUAGAUUUUACUUCAAAGCUUCUGUGAAUUCUUUCAGCAGAGAGAAUAGCUCAGAAAGGAUGCUAUACUUGUAGAGACUUAGUCAUAGUGGUUCUCCUCUAACAUAUUUGCCAUGUAAAUAUAUGUGGAAAGAACUCUUUGUGUAUAUAUGAGUUAAAUGACUUUCUAUUUAAAAAUCUCAGAAAUUUAGUUCCAUACUACAUUUUGUCUCACUGAUGGAAUAAAUAGUAUGAUUACAUCACUCCUAUUCAGAUGUCAAGUGUGUGGAGUUGAAACAAUAAUUUUUAAUAUUUUAUCUCUAACUCUAUGUAAAAUCUUCUAGGUUUACCACUUAGAGGAACUUGGUAUUUUUAAAUAUAAUGGCAUAUAUUCCUAAAUAUCUGUUGGGGUAAAUUGAUCUGGUGUAGAGUAGCAGUUUAGCUGUUGUAGUUUUUUAGCAUUUCUAAGCAAUGCUGAGAAAAAUAAGAACUACUAAUAUCUUUUCCAAGUAAAUAUUUGCAAAUGCUGUACAGACCAUUAUAAACAUUGCUUUUAGUACUUGCAACAGUUUACAGCAGCUCUACCAUUUGGUAUUCCAGUAGUAGUAAGUCCAUACGUACGGUUAACACGCAUCCAUAGCUUCCUUAAUUUUCACUGGAAAGGUAGAGGAAAACAUGCAACACUAAAAUCUUAACAUUAAAAUAAAAAGGCAACCCAAUUUUUUUUUCCUGGCAGGCUUCCAUUUUCUUACUACUUUUUUAUUUCAAGCUAAGUCCCAAUACUGAUUCCUCAAUGGGCACCCCAAGUGGAACAGGGAAAUUUUGCUAAGGACAAGCUAUGUGCCUUUCAACCCUUUUGCCAACUAUUCAAAUGCUUUGCUGCUUUGCAGUGUGCUCCUAUGGUCAGAGCCCUAUCACUUGUCAGAAGAGGUAGGGUAUGUGUUUUUUGGGACCAGAAUGUAGCUGGACUGACUUGGUAGAAAUGAGCAAGCCUACUGUUUGGCUCCUACAAAGAAGAUCAUGUAACUCAGUGGCCUGGAAAUGGAAACUAUAUGUAGCCACACCUAUUGAUGCAAAGAGGUGUUCUGAAGCAGCUAAGUACAAUGUACUUAAAGUUUAUCAAAGUGUGUUGAAAAUGUUUUUAGGUUCAGUAGCUGAUGUUUUCUACAUUUUAACAGUGUUAUGCAGGGGAAUGUUUCUUGUAUUUGAGAAUGCCAGAUAGCUUGUAUUAUGGGCAAUAUAUUUUGUUUGAGAAAACUGCUAUCUUUGAACAAUGCUGUCAGUUCAUGUGGAGCCAAAUAUUUCUCCUAAACUGAAAAUUUAAAUACUUUGUCUGACUUACCUUGCAAUUCCUUCUGAUCUACAGUAGGAUAUGACUUUACAAAUACACUAAAUGCUAUUACUCCAAGUGACCCAGAAAACAUUUUGCAUAUAUCCCUUUUCCAGAUUGUCCCAGUGGAAAUGUCUUCUCUUGAAUUGGUGUAACCUGAGAUUGGCUGCAGGCUUUUAACUAAGCAGCUAAACCAGCAUUCAAGGUGGACAUAAAAGCCUGGGGCACAAAACAGAACUAAAAGUUGCUGAAACAACGGAAAAAAAAGGGUUGCUGUACUGAAUGUCCUUACUAAGACUAUAGUAAAAGGGUUCAGAUGUAAUGGAAAGGCAUCCAGUUGUUUGAAAUAUGCAAUCAAAAUCUAUGGAGAAAACCAGAUUCCCCAGAUUUUGUAACUGUCCAGAAUGUAUUGUAAUUAUAUUAAUGAAAACAAACUAUCAAAGUACAUCCUGGUACUCCUGUGUCUUCUUAAAAGAAGAAAGUUGUUCCAAAGGCUUUAACAAGUACUUGGGGCUUCCUGUUUACAAAUGAGUCUGAGCUUGCAAGUGAUCUUUCAGUUAACAGGAAAAAGGAUAUAUAACACAUUUAUCAAAUAUUGGAACUGUGAAGUCAGAGUGAACAGAUGGUCUUAGCAAAGCUGCCUAUAAUAAUCCUAUGAGCUGUGUCUGCCCUGCAGCCACUUGUGGCGCAGGUGAGAAGUGGGGAAAGGGAUGGAUGCUGAGCUGGGUUCCAUUGCUGUCAGUGCCUCUGCAAACUGGAAUGAUGUGCUGGCUGUGCCCUAUGGCAGCACAGACAUCCCAGAAGGUUAAAAGUUAGACCUGGACUGCAACAUUUCAUUUGACUACCUAUUGCAAUUAGCACUUUCUGAAAAGGAAAUAAUAUGUUUAUACUGGUGGAAGUAUGCUGCUUAGCAUUUAACAGAUUAAAUAGGUGCACACUUUGAAAUAUGUAGUAAUGUGCAAAAAGAUGCUGCGAUUUCCUGUAGCAUAAAGAUUAAGCUGCUCUAAAUAUGGCCUGCAAACAUUCUUUUAAUAUUUCAAGUGGGUGUUUUUCUCCUCAUGAUUGUUGCUUUUUUUCCUCAAGUCUGAAGGGGUUUUUUUUCUUUAGAAAUGUCAAUAUCUUCCCUGGAUUUCUUGAGGGAAUCUGCUGGAAAGUUCAGAAUUAAUUUUCUCAUGAACAAAAUGCAAAUUGAAGAGGGUGGAGUACUUAAAUCUUUUCAGAUGACCUUUCUUCAGAAGGCAAAGUUCCCAUUAAAAUAAGAUGAUGGAAAGAAAAGGGGAAAACAGAACUGGUUUUGAGCAGCCUGACUAAAAAUCCCUUAACAUUUUAGUUACCUGCUCCUUACUGUUUUUAUUUAGUCAUUACCUUUCAUUUAAUCUAGAGUUAAAGAUAGCAUGAGCAUGGUUUCUUGGUUAAAUCCUUUAAAAAGGCAGGCAGAAAAGCCCUGCAAAAAGAGAAAAAUCUUGGCAUGACUCUGACAUAGCCUAAUGAAAAAAGGAGGUGAUUUGCAUCUGCUGAAAUACAACAUCAAUAUGUGUUCUAUUUAUGGAGCAUCCUGAGUCACAAGCGAGUUCAGUGUUCACAUCUGAUGAACAUUUCCCUACAAGUUCUCUGUUUGGGUAAAACAAGUCUAAAUUGGAAUUUUUUACCUUUUUUUAAACGGUCUUUUUUCUUUUACAAGUUUCCAAGAAAUGGUAGAACAUUACAGCACUAAAAAUGUAACAGAUGCAUUUAAAUAUACAGCAGAGACAACUUUAAAUAAUAAAUAUUUUUAAUAUAAUUUUGUAACAAAUGCUGUAAAAGGAUUAAAAUGGGAGGGCAAGAAUAGAAUAUUUUUAAGGUCAUUUGUUCAUAAAUUUCAUUCACCCUUAAGCAGUGGUUAUUCUGACUUCUUGUAACUCUUUUUGUCAAAUAGAAGGAAAGUGUAAUGGUAAAAGCAUUUUGUUUUUUAAAAAAAGCAGGUAAUAUUAAAUAAAUUCCUGAAGCUAUUAACUUACAUAUAAUGUAAUAAAUAUAGGAGAGAACUAGGC